UAAAGUCAGCGACAGCCCUUGGCUACAAUCACCAAACAGCUCUUGGCCACUAAAAUUCCAACUCGUCCUCUGUUCCCCUCUGGAUCACCAAGGUUGUUGCAUCGCCCUCUAUCGGCGGCCUAGAGUUUUGCCAGCCCUUGGGCCCAGAAGUUUCUUCCUCUUUCCUGCUCCCGCUGGUCUGGAGUUUCAGUUUCUUUUCUCCGGUAUCGGGAGAGGGAGGGGCUGCUGAUAGGCUGAACUCAGGUGCUGAGCAAAACCUGUCCUUGACUUUUCCUCACCGCUUCAGCCUGGAGGAAAGAUUUCUCCUUCGGGCCCAGAAAUGAGGGUCCAAAAGUGUCUGCGAAAGUUUGUGCAGGGCUGAGGGAGGGAGACCUUAGGAGGUGAGAACUCAGUGAUGUUUGGGGGGAGAUCUUUUCGUCCGCAGAAGCCGUUGUGAUUUGAAGGGAGAAAAGGACUUAGGGGAGGAAUCGUCUUGAAAGUUGAACAGGAAGACUUGUUUUCUGGAAGAACCCUUCUUUCUCCGGGUUCUAUCUACUCAGAGCUGAAAAGUGCUUUCUGCCAUCACGUCGCCCACCUUGAAGGAUACAUAAUGGCCGUGCUGUUUUAAGUUGCCUUUUCAGACUGCUGUACCAUUGUUUUCUAGUCUUCUCAGCCAUCCAGUAGUCCUUAAGAAAGAAGAGUCUCAGAAGUUAGGACAAGAAAAAAUAGGGCAGCAGUAUAAUGGCUUCAGCAGUUCCGAUGAAUAUAAAGAAGGAGGCCAUUUGCCCUGUCUGCCAAGAGCUUUUGAAAGUACCCCUGAGUCUAGGCUGUGGCCACAAUGUAUGCCAAGCCUGCAUCACCCUGAGCAAGAAGAAUGCAGGGGUCAACCGCAGAGGGAAAAGCAGCUGUCCUGUGUGUGGUACUAGAUUCUCAUUUAAAAACCUACAGGUUAAUCGGCAUCUGGCAGAUGUAAUAGCCAGACUUAAGGAAGUCAAGUCGAACCCUGGCACUGGGACAAAAAGAGAUCUCUGUAUACAUCACGGGGAGAAACUCCUUCUCUUCUGUAAGGAAGACAGGAAGGUCAUUUGCCGGCUUUGUAUGCAUUCUCAGGAGCAUCGUGAUCACGACACCUUCCUCCGGGAGGAAGCAGUCAAGGAAUGUCAGGAAACUCUCCAGAAAGCUCUCAAGAGGCUGAGGGAGGAGCAGGAGAAGGCAGAGAAAUUGGAAGCUGACAUCAAAGAAGACAGAAUCUCCUGGAAGUAUCAGAUCCAGACUGAGAGACAAAGGAUACAAAUGGGGUUUAAUGAGCUUAGGAGAAUCCUGAACGAGGAGGAAAAGAGAGAGCUGAGAAGACUGGGGGAGGAGGAACAGCUGAUAGUGGACAGCCUGGCGGAGGCGGAGGCUGAGCUGGCUCAACAGAGCCAGUUGGUGAAAGAACUUAUCGCAGAUCUGGAGCGUCGGUGCCAGUGGUCAGCGACAGAGCUGCUGCAGGAUAUGAGCGGUGUCUUGAAAUGGAGUCAGAUCUGGACACUGAAGAAGCCAAAAGUGGUUUCUAAGAAACUGAUGAAGGUGUUCCAAGCUCCUGAUCUGAGCGACAUGCUCCGAAAGUUCAGAGAGCUAACAGCUGUCCGGGGCUACUGGGUGGACUUCACAUUUAAUCCAGAAAACCUAAAUUUGAAUCUGAUUCUUUCAGAAGACAACAGACAAGUGAUAUCUGUGCCCAUUUGGCCAUUUAAGUGUUAUAAUAAUAGUAUCUUGGGCUCCAAAUGUUUCUCCUCAGGAAAACAUUACUGGGAAGUGGAUGUGUCUAAGAAGAGGGCCUGGACCCUGGGAGUUUACGCUAGAAAAUGUACUUUAAAGUUUGAUGUUCGACGAGGCAAAAAUCAGUCAAAUGUUCACCACAGAUACAAACCUCAGAAUGGCUACUGGGUUAUAGGGCUACAGGAUGGAUCAAAGUAUAGUAUUUUUGAGGAUUCUUCCAACUGUGAUCCUGCAGUCCUGACCCCCUUUGUGGCUGUCCCUCUCCAUCGGGUUGGGGUUUUUCUUGACUGUGAGGAGGGCAUAGUGUCCUUCUUCAAUGUCACGAACCACGGGUCACCCAUUUACACGUUCUCUCACUGCUGCUUUUCCCAGCCUGCUUAUCCAUACUUCAAUCCUUGGGACUGCCCAGCCCCCAUGACCCUGUGUCCUCAGAACUCCUGAGUUUUCUCAUUCAUCCAUUUCUGGAAUUACUUCCCGCCUUGAGGCUCCCCUCCAUCUGGACAUACCUGUGCCAUUCAGGCAUCUUUUCCUGUGGCCUCUCUUCUGCACUUAAAAACUUGUGGUCAUGCUUAGAUGUGGUGAAUCUGGAAUCAUUUAGGAGAGAUGCUUAUCCGCUCUUGUUAAUAGCCUCAAAGACAGCUAAUCAAGCCGAAAGCUAGCUAGAUCAAUCAGUAUAACAUCCAUGCUCUCCAACUUCUGUAUUUCCCUCUGUCUUCAAGAAAUGUGACAAAGCCUGCAAGCCACUCAUCCCUAUUACUUAAGACAAUUCAUAAGAACUGGCCUGCUGGCCAUCACUAAUGAGAAUAUGGUGAUUUGCCCUAGGAUAUCUCACAUUCCACAGCAAAUCAAAGAAUAGAAAACAAGCAGUAAUGUGUAGCCUAGAGUCGGUGUUAUGUCUGGUAUACAAAUUCAAAUUCUGCCUCUUAUAAACUGUAAUUUACUCAGAGGUUUUUUAAACUGAAAGUUGAAAUGCAUCUAACUUAAUGUAAGAAACUAAGUAUCAGUAAAUAUAAAAUGCUCA